AUGGUCCCCAACUAUUAUCAUCAAUCUCUUAAUGCCCCUACGUUGGAUGAGGAAAUUAAAGCUGCUGUUUUCAUGGGUUGCUCUGAUUCUGCUCCUGGACCCGACGGUUUCAAUUUCCAUUUCUAUAAGUCUUCUUGGCACAUAAUUGGGUCGGUGGUUUGCAAAGCUAUUAAAUCUUUCUUUAUUAAGUGUUAUAUGCCUAAUUGUGUUAAGGCCACAGCUCUGGCUAUCAUCCCUAAACAUAAAAAUGCUGUCAAUAUCUCUGAUUAUAGGCCUAUUGCUUUGUGUAAUGUGGUUUAUAAAAUUAUUGCCAAGGUAAUUGCUGUUAGGCUUAAGCUGGUUAUGAGCACCAUUGUUAAAGACAAUCAAGCUGGAUUUCUUAAAUCCAGAGUUUCCACUGAUAACAUAUUACUAGCUUCUGAUAUUCUGUAUCAUGCGGGGAAAAGAGUCCUUCUUAAUGGUGCACUUGAGGGAUACUUCCCUUCUACGGCUGGUCUCAGGCAGGGUUACCCCAUGAGCCCUUAUCUUUUCUAUCUUGUUAUGGAUGCUUUUUCUAAUCUCUUAGAGGAAAGGGGGUUCAAGGGGAUCUCUUUUAAGGAUUUCUCUUUAACCCAUUUGCUUUAUGCUGACGAUGUCCUAAUUUUUGGUGAAGCUUCUCUUGAAAACUGCAGCUUAUUGGUUUCCAUUCUUAAAAACUUUGCUACUGUAUCUGGUCUUCAUGUCAACUAUGAUAAGAGUGCUAUUAUGUUCCCUAAGCAUCUGAACAAUCAUAGUGCUAUAUGCCAGGCUCUCUCCAUUCAUAACAUUGCUAGCAAGAUCACAUAUUUGGCUUGGGACAAAGUUUGUCUGCCUUUUUCUAAAGGCGGUUUGGGUAUUUCUUCUAUUCCUGCCUUGCAAUUCUCUUUCAACUGCUCUCUGAUUUUGAGAUUGUAUAAUAGUUCGUCCCCUUUAUCUUCAUGGCUGCUUAAUAAAUAUUGCUCUCCUUGGAGGCCUCCUGCGGCUGUUGCUUCAAAUUUAUGGAAAUCUAUAUGCUUUACUGCUAAUUCGGCUAAGCAUUGCUUUAAAUUUAGAAUUACCAAAUCUGCUCCUAUAUCUGUGCAAUGGGAUCAUUGGUACAAUAACCGUAAUUUGGCUGAAUUUGGUUGCUCCUCUUGGGAUCAUAUUCCUGAUAUUGCUUUAAAUACGAUUAUCUCUGAUGAUGUCUGGAUCUUGCCUGAUUCUUUUCCAACAUUUUUGAAAGAUUUGUUUGCGGGUAUAAAUGAUAUUGGUGAAGAGGGUCCCUGUCUGCUAUGGUAUGAUAAGAAGAACUACGACUUUAAAAAUUUCUUGCUGGAAUUUCAUUCUGAGCAUCCUAACUGCUAUUGGCAUAGGAUGAUUUGGCACAAAAGAAAGGCUUUAAAAUUUUCGGUUUAUGCCUGGCUUGCAUUGACUGGGGGUCUUAAAACAGCUGAUGCUCUUCGUUUGAGAAAUAUUUAUGUCCCGAGUGUUUGCCGUUUAUGCCACAUGUUUGAGGAAUCAGUUUCCCAUAUCUUUUUUGAAUGUUCUUACUCCUUUGCUAUCUUGGGAAAAUUAUUACUUGGGAUGAACAAUUUCCUGCUUAGGCCUAAUAUUCUACAGGUUUUUGAUUGGUUAAAUGGGCAGUAUAAUGGGAAUUCUGAGUUAUAUGCCCAUCUGGACAAUGAUGAAGCUCCCCGAACUUUCCCUUGGAUGGUUCAUGGGAGGCCAUGGGAAACCAGGGAUGGGUAUGAUCUACCUACUGGUUUCUAUUAUUCUGAGUCCAGAUUAUCAUGGGCAUGGGAGCUCUUCUUUAUGUUUUUGGCUGGGGAAUAUCAUACUGCUUUGUGGACAUUCUAA